AUGGCAAAGGACCCGACACUACAGAACGCGUUGGAUCAGCACCAGUCUCUCCUCUUCCGCCUUCCACGAGAGCUGCGAGAUGAGAUCUACCACUACUAUUCCCAAGCAAACGGUUACUACUACGACUCCACCUCUGGGACACUUCGAAUGGACGGCGGCGAGUCCAUUGAUCUCAGCCUUCAAUAUACCUGCAAAAGAACAGCGGCGGAGAUGCAGGGUAUUGCCUUGGGAAUCAACAAAAUAACCUUCCGCACGAUGGUCGAUCUCCCCAGGCCUUCCGACCAACUCAUGAAAUCUCAAGUCUUCGAUCAUUACAUCCGUAAAAGAAGGCGUACCAUACUUAGUCGUAUGGUCGAAUGGACAUAUCCUCUAGUUACAGACGAGACCAUGCGCCAGUUGUGCGAACGCCAUCCAGCGAACCUGGCAGUCAAGAAGAUGAGGGAAUUGCAUCGAGAGGGAGACAGUGAUGGACCCCUAGCGGGCGGACACCUAUGGGGUGACAAUGGAGGUUUCGAUACAGUCGAUUAUGACGAGUACUCAGCGGAAGCCAUCGUAAUUCUCCGAGAUUUACUAGACAUCAUAUCCACCGAUCCUGGAUUCUGGCACAUGACUGCGAGCGACUUCGAUGUCAACGCGAGGAGGGCCUUCUUCGUGGCAACUGAGCAUUGGGCCACGCGUUGGGACAAAUUCGAGGAUUAUCUCACGGAGCAUAUUCCCGUAUACACUUCCAAGGCAGAACAGCAGCAAGUGCUACAGUGGCAACCUGACAGCUGGUUCAUCCCAACAGAUGACGAUCUUGAGGCACUGGAAGAGUUGAUCACAAAAGCCGACCCUAUCCAUGGGCCCUACUUUGACCACAUGCUUGGUGAAGGCUUCGCGGAUGCCAUCAAGGGGGUAAUUGAAGGGAACAUUCCAGCUCGGUUCGACGCAGACAUGGGGAAGAUUUGGGAUAUCGAUCAGCUGUUGAGAGAUCAGGAUGGCGAUUGGCCUGAAGACUUGGAUGAUGUUUUCGAACUUCGCAACCUGGAAGAGCCACCGGAAGGCUGGUGCGCUGCACAUGAGGAGCGGUUUGGGGUGUGGAAACACAGAGACUCUGUUCGACUGGACUGGACAGAAUACAUGGAGGGGGUUGAGAUGCUUUUUGAAGCAGAAUGA